AUGCAGAUCUUGGGAUCCAAGGAGGAAAGAUGCACCCUUGGCCAGGGAUGUGGCUGGAGAUGCUUCCAGAGCUUGGAGCUGGGGCUCCAUGAGCAGCUUCAUGAUGGGGAGAAGCCCCAGAAGUGCUCUAAAUGUGGAGAGAGCUUCAGCCAGGGAUCCAACCUGAUCCGUCUCUGGGGAAUCCACACCGGGGAACAGCUCUACGGGUGUAGGGGGUGUCAGAAGAGAUUCAGGUCAAGCUCCUCCCUGAUCAUCCACCAGAGGAACCACACUGGGGAGAGGCCCUACGAGUGUGAUAAAUGUGGGAAGAGGUCUCAGAGCAGCUCCCAUCUCCUCAAGCACCAGCAGAUUCACAUGGAUGAGAGGCCCUUUUGCUACCCCGACUGCGGAAUAUGCUUCAAGGAAAACUCCACCCUCACCAGACACAUCCACACCGGGGAGAGGUCCAAUGAGUGUCCUGAGUGUGGGCAGAGCUCCAGCCAGAUCAGCACCCGCAUUGUCCAUCAAAGGAUCCACAUGGGGGAACACCCCUAUGAGUGUCCUGUAUGUGGGAAGAGCUUCAUCCAGAUCUCCCACCUGACUGUCCACCAGAGAAACCACACUGGGGAGAGGCCCUAUGACCACCAGUGCAUCCACACCAGGGAGAGGCCCUACGAGUAUCAUAAAUGCAAGAAGGUGUUUCAGAGCAGCUCCAGUCUCCUCCUGCACCAGUGGAUUCACACGGACAAGAGGUGGUUCCACUGCCCCGACAGUGGGAUGGGUUUCAAGCAACACUUCUACCUCAUUCUCUACUGCUCCAGCCACUGGGGAGAGGCCCUAUGA